UUUUCACCCUGUUCACUCUACUAUCACCAUCGCGCUGUUGUCUGUUUGGAAAUGACGGGGCCAAUGAAAAAGGAGUCAGCAAGACUGAAAAUGCUAAACAAUUGCAUAGAGCUCUACAGGACGGAAGAAAACCACUAUUUUAUAACACCACAUCACUAAAAAUGCUCUGUGAUAACACUCUUCGGGAGAUUUACUAAAAAGCGUCUGCGCAAAUAUUUACAAUCAGUCUACAUUUGUACGUAGAUGUAAUACAGACUGUAUGUCUUAAGACAAUCCGAAACUAAGGCUGGUUUAACCCUAUGUCAUAGAGAUGUUUUAAGAAAGCUGAUGAAAAGAAGUAAAAUGAGUUCAUAUUUCGUUAAUUCGCUCUUUAGCAAAUUCAAAGGAAGCGACUCCCUGCGUCCAAACUACUACGAUUGUUCUGGGUACACACAGGAGCUUGCAGGCAGACCGUCUGUGUUGUACGGACACAGCACAGGAUCUACAUUUCAACACACAUCCCAGCUUCCGGAGUUUUAUCACCACGGAGCCUCCACGUUCUCCCACGCACCGUACCAGCACAGUCAGUACCACGGAGAGCAAGCCGCAAACCUUUUUGCGCAGGACGCCUUACAGAGACAGACUUUUUUCGGCACACAAGACACGGAUUUAGCGCAGUUUGGAGACUAUACUGUAAAAGCAAGCUACAUCACUGAUGAUUUAGAGAGCACAGAAACGUGCCCAGCACAGCUUUAUCCCUGGAUGCGACCGCAAGCUACCGGCCGAAGGCGAGGAAGACAGACGUACAGCCGCUACCAGACGCUUGAACUGGAGAAGGAGUUCCUUUUUAAUCCGUACCUGAACCGCAAGCGGCGCGUGGAGGUUUCGCGAGCGCUUUGCCUGACCGAGCGCCAGGUGAAGAUCUGGUUUCAGAACAGGAGAAUGAAGUGGAAGAAAGAGAACAACAAGGACAAGUUCCCGAGCAGCAGGGAUGAGCAGGAGCAGAUCGAGAGGCAGCGACGCGAAUGCGCCGAUGAUUCAGGAAAACGUACGCCUGAAGAGGCAGACUCAGAGGACGUGUGAAUCCAUGAAUUACAGAUCGAGCUAAGACGUAUUCCGAUUAGCAUCAUAACAGUUCUGUAGUCCGUUGAAAACCUAUAACAAUGUGAUGUAAACUCAUGGUCUCUUAUUAAGCCUUGUCUAACAAAACACGAGGUGUUUCCUUAUUCAUUGGAGUGUAAUGGGACUAUAAUAAUAAUAAUAAUAAUAAUAAUAAUAAUAAUAAUAAUAAUAAUAAUAAUAAUAAAUACUAUAAUAAUAAUAGUAAUAAUACUAAUUAUUAUUAUUAUUAUUAUUACUAUUAUUAUUAUUAUUGUAAACAGUGACAAUAUUCUUGUUAAUAAUCAAUUCAUUUAAAUUUAGAUAUAUUCUGUUUAUCGUAGUUCAGUGCAUUCUUACCUCAGAAGUGUUGAUAGUUGGCAGUUCUUCUGUGUGCGUGUGUGUGUGUGUGUGUGUGUGUGUGUGUGUGUGUGUGUGUGUGUGUGUGUCUGUCUGUAUGUGCGCGCGCGCGCUCGCGCUUGUGUUUAUGCACGCGCCAGAUCUCGUGCACUCUAAUAUGGGGAACAAGCCCACGUCUUACUACCCCGUUUAUUGCGUAGAUUGUUAUGAUUACAAUUGUUCAGCAUCUGUUCUGAUACCUGUUCACCUACUUCACGACUUUUCACUCAAAUUAAAACUUCGGAUUUUAUUUACAGUCAUUAUAGCUGGUUUAUUGAAUAUAAUCAGGGAAUAAAUGGGUGCAGUUACUGCAGUACUUUAGGCUACCUAAUAUGCACUUGUGAUUAUUGACUGAUGAGAAUAAUGAUCAGUCAUUCAGGCUUAUCAUAUGUCUCAAACCUCAAGCACUACCUAUAAGUAACUUGGUUCAAUGACUCAGUCCAUUACAAGUCAAACGCAAUGCGUGACCUAUGUAAAUACUACAUACCCUGUUGGAUAUAGUCCUUCAUCCAAAUAUGUGUCAGAACACUUGAUUGUCGUCUUAUAGUGUUUUUAUUGUUUGUGUAUGUGCAAAAUAUACAAUAAAGAUUCAUUUCUGUUCA